GGUUCUCCAGAGAAAGUCUAAACCGCGAAGAGUUCAAAAUAGAAUGACACGAUAGUCCAGUUCGAUCGCGGAGAACAAAAACUAUUUUUUGAAAUGGAGAAAUAAAUAUUACUUACUUCGUCCAAAUUACAAUCUCUAGAAUUUGAGACAAUUCAAGCUAACAAAAUUUGAGACAAUUCAAGCUAUGGCAAACUUAGUUAAUAUUCUUCUGCAGAAAAAUGACAGUACUGUGGAUUGGGGAUUCCUUUUGGCUACAGACCUGGAAAAUCAGAUGAUUAUCAAAGAAGUGUUGGAUGGAAGUUUAUGCAGUUUCUAUAUGGACGCUGGUGAUUCUGUGCUGCAGGUAGCUGGUCGCAGCACAAAAGCAAUGACCAUUGAUAAGGCAUAUCAUCUUAUAAGACAAGCUGGUAAUGCAGUGGAAAUAAUUAUUAAAAAGAGACCUCAGGGCUCUAAUUGGUCCCCAGUCACACCAGCAACUCCUACAUUUGCUCCAACUAAAUUUACACCUGGAGCUCCACAGCCAUCAUGGAAACCUUUUCAAGCUUCACCAAAUGUGGAUAAUAAUGAGCAGGACGUUAUACGAGGUUCUGUAAAAGUUGAUCCGUCAGGUGGUUAUGUACAUACCUUUGGCCCUCCAAAAAAGGAUCCCUUACCUCAAAAUGUGACCUCAAAUGCUUCACCUUCUUGGCAUCAUAACCAGUCCCCUUCUCGCCAAGAAUCAGUGACGUCUCCAAGAUAUGUUCAAGAAAUCAUAGUUCCGACUGUAAACCAGACAAAUAGUCAAGCUAAGGCGCCAGUGAGACAAAAUUCUUAUCAAAGUAACUCUAGUCAAUUUUCUCCUCAAGUGCAAAGUCCUGCAGCGCCUACUUAUUACCAGAAUCAAAACAAUGGCUACGACGGAAGUAAUUGUUUUAUACCUCAACAAAGUCCUAACUCGUUUCAAACAACUAGGCAAACUUCAGUACCUCAUUAUAAUGUAAGACAAAACUCUGUCCCUCAUCAAGCUGAAAUACGAAGCCCUGUUUCAAAUCAAACAAAUUCUUGGUCUAAUCAAAAUUCCUCACCCUACCAACAGCAACCAUCCAGACAAAGUUCGUGGAAUCAGCCAUCACCGCAGGUCAGCUCACCGUAUUCACCCUCGCAACAAACUUAUCUUAAUGAACCAGUGCCAGUUAUGUAUAGGCAAGAUUCUUCAUCAAAUCCUGAUUGUUAUCCAACCAGUAGACAAAGUUCGUUUAACAGUCCACCUGUUCUGGUAUCUACAGAAACUUUUAAACCAGCUCCUCAAGGGUCUGUUGGUGGACUUUUUUCACAUCAAAACUCACCAUCUCCCAAAAUACCUGAAAAUGCUGUUCGAUAUGAGCCCGUUGUCCAAAAUUCAACUCCAGGAUUACAAAGACAGUCAUCAAUGCAAUAUCAACCAUCUCCAAAGCCUUACACUCCAAGUCCUACCCAUAGUCCACAGCCAAACUUUAACCAAAAUUCUUAUAAUCCGCAACCAAAUUUUAACCAAAAUUCGUCACAAAUAAUUGGUGCACCAAAGCCAUUUUUUAGACAACAAUCUGGAUCUCAAGCACAGCCCUGGUCCCCCGGACAAGUUGAUUCAUUUCCGACACCUCCUCCAUUUUCGCCUUCAGUAGAAAAUGCUGGUAUAGCAUGGCCUUCCUCUUCCGAUUUACCGACACCUCCUCCGCCGACUCCUCCUGUUCAAUCUGCACAAGUUGUACCACCUCCACCACCAUUAGCUGCUCCUCCGCCUCCACCACCGCCACCACCUCCUCCACCGCCUAUGCCAUCUUCAGCUGGUAUUAGUCAAGAAGUUCCUGCAUGGAAAAAACAAAUUCAGGCAACAAAGGAAGCCAAAGCAGCUGCAGGCAUUCCUUCCCAAACUCCGGGAACACCCGGAGGGGUUCCAGAAAUCCCGGCCGCCCUCGCCGGUAGCAUGAAGAAAGACAAAAAGCCUUUUACGUAUCUUCCAGGGGGGCUGGACCUCUCAGAGAUCCGAUCACCAAAGAUGCAGCGAAGGCUCAUUGCUAAUCAGCAACAAGCACCUCCUCCACCGUCCUGUACAGGGCAGCAAGUACUGUUACAGCCUCAACAACCAGCCCAACCUAUUCAAAACCAAUUCGAUAGGUUGAACUUAGUCGAUGAUCAGAGCGGGAUGGCGACCGCUGUACAAAACCAACGCCGACAAUCGGCUGACAGUCAAGACCCCAGGAAUUAUGGACAAUCUAGGUCAUUCAGGCUACUACAGAUGAUGACAGGAGGUGAUGAUGCCACAGAUUCCGCCUCACCCCAGCAAGUUGCAGGGCCUGGCAAACGAGAAGAUGACGAGAUGCGAUUUACCGGACUUAGAAGGCCGGAUAAUCCCAUUCCUUCUCGAGCUUUCCAAACAUUACAAAAGAUGACAUCUGGCGGUGAUGAAUCUGCUGUAUAUUCACCAUCAGAUAAUCGUUACCAAGAAGAUGAAUCUCAAGAUCCUAAUCAAGAUGGACCAGUGGACAUUCGAUACAAGGGUGGAUACAUCCCUGGAAGAUCUUUCAAGAUGCUCCAAGAGAUGACAGGAAUGAACGAAGACGGAACUCCCACAGGUACGGUUGUACCAUCUGUACUUCAUCAAAAGAGAGAACAACGAAAGCCACCGGCGCAUCUUCAUUUGAACAUCAAUCAGCCUCCUCCCCCUAAACAAUUUCCUCAACCACAAGUCCCGGCUUCUCAACAAGCGUCCGAGCAAGGUCCUAAAAUGUACACAGGAGGAAAGAUACCGUCAAGGUCUUUCAGAAUGCUACAAGCAAUGACCGGGGAAAAUGCAGAUGGCCAAGGUGAAGAAGGUACAGAUAUGUAGAAUAUCAAAAUGAUAACUCCUAGAUAUAUUUGUAAUUUUAGAACUUUAGUGAACUUUUAUGAUGAAACUAUUAUAAAUGUUGUCUAAGCAAACAAAGUGCUAAGAAAAUAUUAAUGAUUAGCGUAUGACUAUAAUACUGCUUAUUCAAUAUGAAUGGAUGAAAUAAAUAUUGAAGUAGACUCGCUAUUUUGUAUCAACCCCUUAUGCUAUUUUAAAAGCUAGCCAUUUUCGAAGAAAAAAAAUUUAUGUACUUAAGAACUAGUUUUCUGGUUUUUAACUUGACCUGUAUCUGCAACAAAUAUCUUAGUGUAUAAAGUAUACGUGAUUUUGUUUUUAUAUGUGUAAUUUGUUAAAACUCUAUUUUUUGGGAAGUUAUUUAAUUAACAUUGUUUAAUGUAAAUGAAUUUAGUUAGAGGAAUUGAUAAAAUAAUUAUUCAUACAAUUGAAUGCCAUUUUCAAAAAUGGAGAUUAAAAUUAAUGUAUUGUAAAUAAAAGUUUUAAAAUUGUAUGAAAAUUUUUGUGGCUUUAAAUUAAUGUCUUGUUCAGAAAUUAUUAUAAAUUAUUUAGAUCAAAAGUAAAAUUUUCAGUUUUUUUCCCGUCUUUUUAACGAAAUGUUUUAAUUUUUUAUUAAAAAUAGUCAAAAAAAUUUUUUGUUCCUGAAAGCUAAAUAAUUUUAAUGCACAUUUUCACUAGCAACAAAAAAAGAACUUUCUGGGAAUAAAAUAAAUGUUUUCAUCACUUUUUCUAUAGUAAUAAACAGCGCUUUUCAAGCUAUUUUUAUUUUCCUGAGACUUCAGCGCAAUUUAAUGAUAAAGACAAUAUUAUAGACCAAUAAAACCUCAUUACUUAUGUUACAGAAAAAGUACAUGGUUAUUCAUAUUUCCCUCCCCCUGUAAUUGCCAUUUUUCUUUACUACAACUGGGUUCAGUGGUACAUGCUACUGCCAUCUACCAGCAACUGCUUAAAUUAAAACUUGAAUACUUUCGGAAUAAUCUGUUCUUUUUUGCCAUCUUCGUCUUCGUUUUUUCAAUAUAACGCUUCGAAACCCAGGAGGGAAUUAUGAAUAACCCUGUAUAACAUUUCUUAAAAUUUAGACUAAUGUAAUCUCAUAACUAUAGUCUUUCUGAUUAUCGUAUUAAUGGUAAUAUAUUCGAAAGUCAAUGUUUUUUUGCGAUAAUUAAUAACAUUGAUAAGGAAUGAUAAAUUUAUCAAAUGUCUAUCUUCAAGGGAACAAGUAGUUUAAAUGAAGGAAACGAGUUGUUUUAACCAUUAUCGAUCAAAUAUACUCUUAAAUUAAAUAUCUGUUACUACAGGGAAAUUGAAUUCCUAAAAUUGACGUAAUUUUAAGGCCUAUGAAACCUUAUAAAAGAUAACUUACGAUAACCUUAUGAAGCAAAUGUUACCAUUUUUGAAAUUUUUUCGGACGUUAGCCACUCUGAAAAUUUAUCUCUUCAAGUCGUUUCCAUAAUCAUCGAGAAUGACUUAAUAAAUAACUUAUUUUACUUCUAGAAAGUGUUCAUUUUUGCUGGCUAGUGUUCUUUAAAAUUACAUUUUUCUUUAUUAAAAUAAAGAUAUUGAAUUUUAAAAGUAAAUUUUUCAAUCACAAUUGUUUAAGAUUCUAUGUUUUGAUUGCUCAGUUAUAAUUAGUAUAUGAUUUUCACCUAAAAUAUUGUCAUGAUUUAUUUGAAAGUGUAUAUUUUUAAAUUUUGAAAAAAUAAUAAAACUAUUUAAUUAUUAAAA